AUGCCAAGUGUAUCUGAGACAUAUCCCAGCAAAUUUUCGGGGGAACUUUCCAAGGUCACAAAUAUGGAUAACCAUUCCAAGCUCAGACCAGAUGAUGACAAUCCGGAUAUCACGACCGACAACAGUGAAACUAAUCACAAUGUAAGCAUCUUCGGUAAUCCCAAUAUGUUCAAUAGCGCAAACUUCGUUCAAGCAAGCAUACUCUCCAAUGAUGCCGAAAGUACCACUAAUAGCCCGAAUCUUUCUUAUACAAGCAUCUUCUCAGAUGUUCCAAGCAGCAUUGAUAAUAGCCCAGUCUCUGCUCAAACUAGCAUUUUCUCUGGUGGUCAAGAUCGCAAUGUGACUAGCCCAGUCACUGCCCAGACUAGCAUCUUCGGAAAUGCUUUAAACAGCAGUUUGACCAGCUCAACCUCUGCACAGGUCAAUGAUAAUAACCCCGAUUUGGAAAUUACCAGUGAUAUCGAUUCACGCUCAAUUAGUUCGUCCCCCGAAGCCCCCGACUUCGAUGCUCCCGCAGCUCCAGCACCAGAAACCCUCUUCCUUUCCUCGGACCAUAGCUCCCCUCCAACCUUCAAAUAUAACAUGCCAAGAACUUUUGCCGGAUUCGGCGUCAUGUUCAACAGUACCAAACGUAGUGCUGCUAUCAAAGGACAAGCGCAACGAAUUGGAGCCGGAGGUGCAGACAAGGAUGAUAGUGGUACUUAUGAUCCCAGUUUAGAACGCAAGCGAAACGUUAGAAAUACUAGAGCUAGGAAAAAUAAGGAGAAUGAGGGAGAAGAGGGAACAGCGAAGAUAGGUGCCAGUGCAAGAAAUGGGAGGAAAACUAAGGAGCAAGGUUCUUUUGAGUGGAUGAUUACGAUUAAAUUGACUAGUGAAAAGGGUUUGAAGUGUUUGAGAGAAAUUAAACCGGGUCCAGAAGGUGAUGAGAGGAAGUUUCCACCAAUUUAUGAAGCGGAUGCAUAUGUUGAUGAUUUAGGGGAUGAGAAUGAAAAUGGGAAUGGGGAUGAUGAGAUCGACUAUUCAAUUCAUUCUAGACGGAGGAAAAAGAUCAAGAUUUCACAUAACCGAAGAUCUGACGGUCUAACACUUGAAGAAUUACACGACGGGCAUCCUCAACUUCGUGGCUGUAAAGCUUGUUUCGAAGCUGGAGACGACGAAUGCUCACUUAUUGAAUAUAGUCAUGAAUGGCCCUGUGAGGGUUGUGAAGAUGCAGGUAUUGAUUGCGAAUUCAUUAUCCCGCCUGAAAUUAAACUUUCAUGCCUUCGAUGCAAAGAGAAGUUGCGAAAGAGAUGUUCCUAUGCAGAUGAUGGUGGGAAAGGUGUUGAUUCUUGCAAAGCAUGUGAGGAAGCUAACGUCAAAUGUAUUGCUGGUCCUAGAGCUGGUUCUGCACCUUCAUUGAGAAUUUCGGAUGUGCUUGCGAAUGCUGGCACUAAGAGAAAGGGAGGCAAGACUACUAGUGUUGAGAAGUUGAAAGCUAUGCCUCGAAAAUAUGUCUCUUGCAAUCGUUGCAGAGUCGAAUUCAAAGGCAGAUGUUCACUCAAGCGCGAUGAUGAAGGGCCAUGUAAUCGCUGCGUCAAGGCAAAUGUAGCUUGUACUUUUAAAAUGCUACCUAGCAUCGCCACAACUCCAAGUAAAGAAAAAGGCGAAGGAACAUGGACAGGAACAAGAAAAGAUAUGGCACCAGUUUCCAGAACUCCUCAAGACCUUACCCAAACCAUCAUUCUCGAAUCAACCAAACUCAACGACCGAGUAUGGCGCACCACCCACCCACAUGCACGUCGUAACAAAACUCAACAAAAAGCUUUCUCACGGGCACAACCUUCCUAUUCACCCGACAUUCAAUUUCUAAGCUCGAAGCCUAUCAACCAUUCAAAUAAUCAGAUGACGGAAACCAACAAUAAAUCACAUAUCUCCAACACCCCUACUCCCCAAACCAUCCCCCCAACCUUCGCCAUCCACCACAGAGGCAUCCGCACCAUAACCAUCCCAACCUCCUUCUCGCACCCCCUAAUCUUCAACUACAAACGCGACCCGAUGUCCCUCUACCCCCCCUGCGACUUCCACACCAACCCCUUCUUCGGCCUCUUCGGGUACGGUCCCCGUCUCGUAACCGUCGUCCCCUGGCCUAGCAUCACGGGAGCCGGAUACGAAGAACUAGAAAACGGAUGGGGAGAUUCAGAUGCAGGACAUGAGGUUACGAGAAUGUGUGUUAAGUGUACGUAUGCACGAGUUAGGAUAUUGGGAUGUGCGGAACAUGGGUUCAGACAGAUGCAGGGAUUGGAUGAGCGGAUGAGAGAUGAGGGGUUGGUGAGGGAGAGUGUGGAGGCUUGUGAGGAGGGGUUGAGAAUGGGGAGGUGGGGGAGAGGUGAAGGGGGGGAACCUGGGGUGGGGAGUACAGCGGAGUUGGUUUGGAGGGCGAGGUGGUGUGCGGUUUGUCCGAGGCCGGGGGAUUGGGUUUGUAAGGGUUCUGGUGGGGGAGGAGGGGUGGAGGGAGGGAGGAGGGAGGGUUCUUCGCAGGGUAGUCGGGAGAGGGUUAAUAGGGGGUGUGGUUUGAUUCUCUGUGAUACGUGUUAUGGACUUCAUGGAAAAGUUCAGAAGGGAGGAAAGAAGGGUGGGAGAGUAGUAUUGGGGAGGGUUAUUCAAUUAGCGGGUGAGAUGAAUAGGAGAGAGGAUUAUCCGGAUGGGGUGAGGGCUGAUGCGGGAUUUUUGAGAGAAGAUGGGGAAUUGUUUGUUAGGAUGCUAAAGGGGGUUUGUGUGGGAAAUAUGGGGAAGAUUGGUGAAGUGGCUGGGAGCGGAGGUAGUUUGAGGGAAGGAAUGGAAAUUAAGAGAGAGUUCGACGCUAUGGAUUCGAGAGGAAUAAGUUGUUCUACUUCGAAAUACACGCGUGAGAGAGAAUACAGGGGUAAAGAUGAAGCAACCAUUCGAGCAACUACCCCCUUUUCUUCCCCCACAUCAUCUCGUCAAAAUCCCACACCAACUAUAACUAAGAACCUAAAAGAAAAAGAACAAAAACCCAUCUAUCCAGCUACUCCUCUAUCCCAACACCAUCCCCAACCACAACAACUCCCCCACCCACCCACAACACAUAAAAACCAAGCACCACCACCACGCCCCGAGAGAAGAAUAACCAAGAACUCAGAAAAUAAUAUCACUACCACCACCAAUACCACCACUACCACUAUCAACAGCACUACUAAUAAUAACAAUAACAAUCAUAACCAUAAACACAGAAAGAUAAUCCAAAAAUCCGGGGAUAUUAAAGAAGAAAUAAGUUUCCUUCCGGGAAGGAUGAGAGAUGGAGAUGGAGUGAUGGGGACACAUGUACAGAUGAUUAGACGGAAUAAUAAUGAUCAAGAUCAAGCGUUUAGAAAUGAGUUUGGAUUUGCAGAUGAUCAUGAUCAUGAUCAUGGGGGGCAAGGGAUAAGUGGUGGAGGAUGGAAGGGGAGGGGUGUGGAUGGAGAUGGGGAUGGAGAUGGGGAUGGAGAUGGGGAUGGAGAUGGGGAUGGAGAUGGGGAUGGAGAUGGGGAUGGAGAUGGGGAUGGAGAUGGGGAUGGAGAUGAAGUGGUGCGGAGUAUUGAGAGGGAGGUUAUUGAAUUAAGCGAUUGA